AUGCGGGGGCAUGCUCGAGCCCGACCUUCCGGCAGACAGACACUCGGCACUCGGUCGAAGAAUCACGAUCCAGAUGUUGACUACAUCAUUCCCUUCAAGGGCCAGUGGCACCUGGCUCAUUUGGCUCCUGGUAUCGGAAAGACGUUCGAGAGUCACAACCAAGUGUACAGCUACGCGCUCACCUCAAACGACCUUCUUUUCACCGAUUCGUGGAUUCCUCUUGCUGGCGAUAUCUCAGGGGCCGCCAAGGGGCGUAAGCUUGUUCGGAGCUACCUCAUACUUCUCAUUAUUCAUCUCCAUAUUUGUGAGUUCUUGAGACAACAUUACCUUCUCUCGACUACCAGUGAGUACGCUGCGUCUCAGACAUGA